CAAUCAAUCAAUGACAUCAUCAUGAACAUGCAGUAUCUACAAAGAUCAGAGGAUAUCAUUAACAAGAUCAUACAAGAGGGCCUUGGUAGAGAAAUGUUCGGAUUUGAUAUCGAUCAAAAUGAUGACGAUGAUGAUGAUGAAGAUUAUGAAGAUGAUGAAGAGGACGAAGAAGAGGACGAUGAAGACGAAGAACUUUAA